UGUACUUUGUCGGUCCGAGGGAUCACUUUUUCAGAAUGUCUUAUGCUGGAUCGUUAGUUAAGAUAUACAGUCGAACCCCGUUGGCUCGAACUCCCAGGGACCCGCGAAAAUAUCUCGAGCCGCGGAAAAUUCGAGCCAAACAGGAACGCUCAACUUCAGUAAAAAGAAAUUAGUCCUUCACAUCUUGUUCGAGCCAACGAAGAAGUCGAGCAAAACGAGUUCGAACCAACGGGGUUCGACUGUAUUUACAACUAUACUCCUACCCUUUCAGAGCGGGAGACAUACUCAGUGUGGAUACAGAUCGUGUUCCUGAAAUGUUGCUGGCAAACGCCGUGAGGAAAGCUACUAAUGCGAGGGGAAAACCAUUUGUGGAUUUUGUAUCAACAGAAAGCACACAUAUCGAGGAUAAAGCCGAUCGAGGGUAUUACGCAGUGUUCAUAGAACUGGAGGAGAGUCAUAUCAUUACAGAAGAAGACAAUAUGAUCAUGGACGAAGAGCUACGUCGCCUGCAUGAGUGUUAUGACUUGUUCCGGAAGAGUGGAAAGCUUGCACCGGUCCGCCUCUUCCAGGUUACUGGACGCUCGUUUGAGUUACUGGCCAAGGCGAUUAUCGCCUUAAAUCAGAGUACCUCCAUGCAGUACAAACUACCUCGCAUCAUCCGACGACGACCGCUUUUGGAACACCUAAUGAGUCACAAGAUAGAUGCCUCUUGAAAUUUAGACCAUUGUUUACCGAAGGGAAACCAUGAAUGGUUAUCGUCCUCAACCGGUCCACUGUCAUGCAGUACUAUCUACCUCGCAUUAUCUGGCGACGACCGCUUAUGGAGCAGCUAAUUAGUCGUCAUAUAUAUAUGACUCAUGAUGAAAUCUUGGCCAUUGCUGAACGAUGGGCAUCUAUCUACCAACGGUGAUUGCCCAUCAGCAGGGCACUUCCAUGCAAUACACACUGCCUCGCAUCAUCUGGCGGCGACAACGAAGAUGCUUCUUGAUAUCCAGACCAUGGACCAUGAAUAGAAACAAGUGUCACAUGUCGAACGGUCAGCCAAACCGUUAGGACACCUAAUGCCUUGGAGACAGUGCAAUGGUAUAUCAGUCAGAGGCCCUUCUUCAACAAAUUAGAAGGAAUGUGUUGCAAAAUGACAGGAUAAUAAGCCCAUGAAGCAGCACCAGGCUGCACGCUAACACAAUAUCAAAUAAUCUCAGGAAUGAGUUAUUUUUUGCCAUAAUUACCCAGUCCGGAAUAGACGAAGAGCUUUCUUUGCUUCAAUGUGUAACAUGUUUUAUAUUGAAAUUAUAAUCGCUUAAUCAAUGUUACUGGUAUUUAAACAAGUUGAAUGUCUGUAUUUACAUCAGUAAAACUAAAUUAACAUUGUGGUAUCAUAGUUUUUAACGAAACGCCAUCUUUUGUUCAUAUCAAUUCGAUAAGCAUGCAUACUAUGAUUGUUACUUUCUAUCAUUAUGAAAUAAA